UCCCAGCUCCUCAAUGAGAUCAGGGCAAACUAUGAAACGCUCAUCACCCGAAGUCAGAUAGAGACCAUCCUCUCAGCAGGGACCCAGGUAAUGAUCAUAUACAGACAGGCACCUACCCGAAUAAGGAGACAAUCCAAUGUGUACUCAGUUCCUCUCUCGGCCUCUGUGAGCUUGAAGAAGCCACUAGUGAAAGAAUGAGCAAAGACGAAGAAGUCCUAAAGGCAGCCAAGGCAGAGUUAAAUGAAGCUAGACGUCAGUGGCAUCACAUGCAGAUGGAAAUAGAUUCUCUCCAUGCUGUGGAAAAGGGUCUGGAACGUUCUCUUCGCACCACAGAACAGCAGCACCAGGCACAGCUGAAGCAUUUGGAAACAGAGAUUGAAGGUCUGGAGAAAGAGCUACAAGAACUGCGACAGGGCGUUGACAAACAGCUUGAGCAACAUGAAACAUUACUAAACACUAAGAUGAGGCUUGAGCAAGAAAUAGCUACGUACCGCAGUCUACUGCAGGAGGAAGAGAAAAGGUUUUAUCAUUCCACACGCCAAGAAAGAAAAGAUGACAGAAAGCCUACCACCAGCCGAAUAGCAUUUAUCUUGCCUUCACCAAGUGAGCUAAAGAAGCAUGAGAUUGAAAAAGUGGAAAUACUGACAAAGCAAGCUGUCUUAAAUGGAGGUGUUGCAAAGGAGAGUGCAGAAGCUCGUGGCACAAUACAGACAGAAAAAGUCGAUGAGGUGAUUAAAGAAUGGGAAGGCUCUUUCUUUAAGGACAACCCUCGCUUAAGGAAAAAAUCAGUUUCUUUGCGCUUUGAUCUCCACCUGGCAGCGGCAGAUGAAGGUUGUUUACAGACUAAACAGAAAAGCCUGCCUGAUAUCGAAGUGAGAUUGGUUAUGAGGCGGUCUUCUAGCAUCCCAUCCAUCAAAACUUAAAUCGGCAUCAAACUAGCCCAAAGAAUAUUCAUGAAUGGGUUUCAGAAAUAAAUGUUAGUAUGGACUUAGAUGGACUACGUGAUUGCCUCCUGUGUGUCAAAACUAGGAGUAUAUUCUUUCAACUAAUAUAUAUUCCGAUAAACCAGUGUUAUUUUGAAGAUACUAGAGAAGGUUAAGACUGUUACCCUAAGAAAAGAAUGCCUGUUAGACUAUAAUGCAUCUGCUGAAGUACUUUGUGUUCUCAUUUAUUUUCCUUCAAAGAAGAUUUCUUGGCUUUUAGAAUUUUAUCAAGCACUUAAUUUAAUGGGUUCAAAGAUUUGUCUUUGCAGAAUGGAACAUCUAUAUCUAAAAAGAUUUACUCUAGCCUAGGAUUAUGAGUGAUGCAAUUGCCUUUGUACAUUUGUAUCAAUAUCAUAAUUAACAUACCAAAUAGUUGGUAUUUCUCUCCUAGCAAGUGAUGAAUUUACACAAAAGCUUCAAGGGGGGCUGUAUGCCUCAAUCCAUAUAAUUCC